AUGAUGACGACUUCACGGCGGUCCCUGACGACGCGAGCCUUUGGGCUGUCACUCUUGAGCCUGCUGCUGCUCAUCCUGACACCCGCGCAAGCACUCACCCUCCACCCCCGACAGAACACGUCGAAGCCGACCACCGGCGGCCGCGAGCACGUCAGCAUCAACAAGGGAUGGCGCUUCUGGCGCUCAGAGUUCAACCCGGACGGCCUCAUCUACGACCACCGCCCGGACCUCGAGAACCUCACAGGCACCUUUGUGCUGAAGCCCUGGAUCCUGCCCUCGGCAAACGACUUCAUCAACGACCCCGCGCAGCACCACGAGCGCCCCGGCAGCGAGCCCUCCCGCAAUGUUUCCUACGCGUCCGAGGGAUUUGACGAUGGCGCGUGGGAGAGUGUCAGCCUGCCCCACGACUGGGCUAUCGCGGGCCCCUUUUAUACCGAGGAGAACCCCAUCAUCGGCGGAGGGAUGGGCCGCUUGCCUGUGCAUGGCGUGGGGUGGUACCGUCGCUCGUUGACGGUUACCCCCGAAGAUGAGGGCAAGUCCAUCUUCCUCGAUGUGGAUGGCGCCAUGUCCUACGCCAUGGUGUGGCUGAAUGGCUACUUGGUCGGUGGCUGGCCUUACCCGUAUAACUCGUUUCGCCUCGAUCUCACGCCGCACCUCAAGACGGGAGAAGACAACGUCCUUGCUAUCCGACUGGACAACCCCCCCGACUCGGCACGCUGGUACCCCGGAGGUGGCAUCUACCGCAACGUCUGGCUGACCAAGGUCAACCCGGUCCAUGUCGCGCAAUGGGGGACUUACAUCGUCUCAAAGGACGUCUCUUCCGAGUCCGCCACCUUGGACCUAGUGGUCGAGGUCGAGAACAAGGGCGAGUCCGACCAGGAAGUCGAGAUCUCGACUGCCAUCCACCAUCUCGACUCCGCUAUGGGCAAACCGGGAGCCAAAGUGGCCGCGUUCCCCCGCUCAUCAGCCUCCAUCACGGCCAGAGGCAAAGCGCACGUCAACGGCUCAACCACGGUCACAUCUCCGCAACUCUGGGGCCCGCCGCCGACCCAGAAACCAAACCGCUACGUCGCCGUGACGAUCGUCACUCUCGCCGGCGCCGUCGUCGACACCUACGAGACCCGCUUCGGCAUCCGCUCCGUUACCUACGACGCGAACCGCGGCCUCCUCGUCAACGGCGAACACGUCCGCCUGCAGGGCGUCAACAACCACCACGACCUCGGCGCCAUCGGCGCAGCCUUCAACACCCGCGCCGCGGAGCGCCAGCUCGAGGUCCUCGAGGAGCUCGGCUGCAACGCGAUCCGCAUGUCCCACAACCCGCCCGCCCCGGAACUCCUCGAGCUGACGGACAGCCGCGGGUUUCUCGUCAUGGACGAGGUGUUUGACUCGUGGUACCGCAACAAGACGUCCAACGACUUCCACCUCAUCUUUGCAGACUGGCACGAGCCGGACCUGCGGGCCAUGAUGCGCCGCGAUCGGAACCACGCCUCCGUCGUCCUGUGGAGCUUCGGUAACGAGGUCUCGGAGCAGCAGAUUGGCGACCCGGGCACCGUCCCCGCGCGCGCGCUGCACGGCAUCGUGGCCGAGGAGGACCCCACGCGGCCCUCGACGGCGUCCAUGAACUUUGCCAAGCCCAACAUGUCCUUCCCCACGGCCCUGGACGUCCUCAGCCUAAACUACCAGGGCGAGGGCAUCCGCGACACACCAAACUACUCGUUCCUCCCCGGCGUCAAGACGCACCCGCUCUACGCCGACUUCCACGAGGCCUUUCCCGACAAGAUGAUUCUCAGCACCGAGACGGCGUCGACGCUGAGCACGCGCGGGACCUACCUCUUCCCCGUGACGGGCGACUCGGGCGCCCCCGUCAACGACACCUCGGGCGGCAACGCCGCCGCGCAGCAGGUCAGCGCGUACGAGCUCUACUCGGCCAACUUUGGCGCGUCGCCGGACAAGGUCUUUGCGGCGCAGGACACACACCCCUUUGUCGCGGGGGAGUUUGUCUGGACGGGCUGGGACUACCUCGGCGAGCCGACGCCGUACUACACGGCGCGCAGCUCGUACUCUGGCAUCAUUGAUCUCGCGGGCUUCAAAAAGGACCGCUUCUUCCUGUACCAGGCGCGCUGGCGACCCGACGUCAAGUUUGCCCACGUGCUGCCGCACUGGAACUGGCCCGCGGACCGCGUCGGCGAGGUGACGCCCGUCCACGUCUUCUCCUCGGCGGACGAGGCCGAGCUGUUCGUCAACGGGGUGUCGCAGGGGCGGCAGACGCGCGCGGCGCUGACAUACCGGUUCCGGUGGGACGCAGUCCGGUACGAGCCGGGCGCGCUCCGGGUCGCGACGUAUAAAGACGGCGCGGCGUGGGCCGAGACGACGGUGCGGACCGUGGGGGCGCCGGCGAAGUUGCGAGCGUGGGCGGACCGCGCGACGAUCGCGGCCGACGGCGUGGAUUUGUCGUUUGUGACGGUCGAGGUGCUGGAUGCGCGGGGCGACGUGGUGCGGUUCGCGGACGAUGCCGUUACGUUUUCCGUGAGCGGACCGGGGCGGAUUGUGGCGACGGACAACGGUGACCCGGCGGACUUGGUUGCGUUCCCGUCGUUGGUGCGCAAGGCGUUUAGCGGUCUUGUGUUGGCGAUUGUGAGGUCCGAGGAGGGCGUUGCGGGCGAUAUCACCGUGACGGCUUCUGGCGAGGGUCUCGAGGGCGUCGAGGUUGUCGUGAAGGCACAGUGA